UGUCUUGUCUUUAUUGUUUUUACCUUUCCCUGUACUGAAGGCAAGUUCCCUAGAGUUUGUACAUCCCUGACGAGUCUGAAAAACAAGAAAUGUUGUCCAAUCCCAAAAGGCUUUAGCGCGCCAUGCAGUAACGAUGGAAACAGAGGUACAUGCCAGGAAUUGAUCAUUCGUGAUUGCCUCUUCAAGUACAGUCAUUACCAACCUUUCCAGAAAGGCGACGAGCGCCAUAACUGGCCUCAUGCUCUUUACCAUAAAACGUGCAAAUGUAAUUCAAACUUCGCUGGAUAUGACUACAGCAAGUGCGAGUUUGGCUACUAUGGCAAAGACUAG